AUGAAGCUCCUGACCGUUGUCCUAGUGCUCUACGCCGGUUUCUGCCUGGCAAUCACCAACGAAAGGCUGUUGAAGCUUCAAGAGAGGAGUGGUGGCUCGUUCAUCAAGCUGACAAAGUCCAACUUCAACGAGGUGCUGGCUGGCCCACGUAACGCCACGAUCAUCACCUUACUCACUGCGACGAACCCCGAGAUUGGAUGCUCCACGUGCCAGAACAUCGCGCCGGCGUUCGAGCAAUUGGUUGACUCGUGGAGCCUGGACCACCCGGAUGGUGAUGGGCUGUUCUUUGCCAGGGCCGACUUAGCGGAGGGCCAUCCUGAUAUCUUCCAGGCGCUUCGUCUGAACAACGUCCCCAAGCUCUACGUGUACGGCCCGACUAACGACAGCACUCCACUCACGGAAGGUUUCGAGGUCUGGAACGUCCCGCAGAGUAUAGACUUUGUCGACCAUGUCGUUGCAACGAUUGCUGAAAAGCUUGGGAAGAGGGUUGACCUUCAUCAGCCGGUUCAGUGGGGCUCAAUUGCCAUCACCGUGGGCUCUGUGAUGCUGUUCCUGUGGCUCUUGCAGAACUACUCAAGAUACUUCAUUCUGCUGAUCACCAGCAAGACGUUGUGGGGUGGCUUCGCAGUGUUUUUGAUCCUGAUCUUCACUACUGGCUACAUGUUCAACAAUAUCAGAGGUAUGCCAUUCAUUAUGCAAGACGAUAAAGGUCUACCAAAAUACUUUGUCCAAGGUCAACAGCAGCAAUUGGGUAUCGAGACACAGGUGAUCAGCGCAAUCUAUGGUAUGCUGGCGCUGUCCGUGGUGUUCUUAGUGAUCAAGGCCCCAGGCCUUGCGGACGCCAGAGUACGCUUCGGAAUCGUCCUCUAUCUCUUGGGCCUGAACAUCGUCUUGUUCAGUGUCUUCCUCUCGAUCUUCCAAUUCAAAUCGUCUGGUUACCCAUUCCACUUGUUGAACAUCUGGUCCCCAAAAUAAUAGACGUCCAUCAGCACGCGUAUAGGAUAGUAUAGUAUACAAUAUUGACUGUUCAUGUCACCAUCUGUCUCUUAACCCUGGCCUCGAUCACGUCCAGCCUGUCCAGUAACACCAUGAGCCUCUUCUUCACUAGCGAUAGCCUCUCCUCCAUGGCCUUGACGUCUGUAUCGAUUUCAGCCUGUGACUGCCAUCGCUUCACCUUCUCGUCGAUGGCCUUGAUCCUCGCUAUUAGCACAACCUGUGAUUCGUGCACCGUCUGCAAAUGGGUGGAAAGAACCUCGAGCGAAUCACCAACAACGC